AUGAAUAUUCCUCGUGCCAAUCGUCCACGCCGGUCGUGGUCAUGGACAAAAGCCAUGCUCGUAUCGAUUACGAGGCGCUGUACCGUGUAUAUUUGCAAGACGCAUAUAUUGUUGGCUGGCUCGCCAUCUGAGAAAGAGCCUGUGUGCCGUAAGAGUAAAUUCGUCUGGAUUGAUCCAGCGGAUCUGCUCGAGCCCGCAACACCAGAGACAGCUGGUGAUAUACGUGGUGAACUCAAACGUGCGAUGCAGCUGCAAAGCAUCAAGCCCGCGCGUAUAUCUGGCUUCUUUGUGGCUGCGACGGGGGCUCCUAUUCCAACUGAUGAAAGAGCGUGUGAAGAUGAGCGACUCAUUGUCCACUUGCACGGCGGCGCAUACUGGAUGGGCACUGCGAAUGAAUCGAGUGUAGGUGCUGUGUGCUGCCGCGACCUAUUAGGCCGCAUGCGAAACUCUGACGAUGUUCCUCGUCGAGCCUUUCUUGUUGAAUAUCGUCUGGCACGUCACACUAAUUAUCGUCAUGGGAGCUAUCCAGCAGCUCUGCUCGAUUCCUUUCUUGCAUACCUGUACGUUGUCCGGACAUGUGGAUUCAAGCCGGAAAAUAUCAUCUUGUCAGGUGACAGCUCGGGCGGAAAUUUAGCUCUUGCUCUGUGCCGAUACCUUCGAGACGAAGGCAUCGAAUCUGUGCCAGGCUCGCUCAUACUCUUGUCACCUUGGUGCGACAUAUCUCGCUCUCACAGUGGGCCCCUUCCAGCACCGAAUCCAUUUUCGACGACGGUCCUGAAUGGGCAUAGUGACAUCAUCACGCCUUCCUUGCUGUACCGAAAUUCAGCCGUGUGUGCUCUGCUCGGUUGCAUGCCAGCAAGUGAGGCGUAUACCAACCCGUACAUUUCGCCUGUGUCUCUUCAACUUGAUCCCCAAGCUGAUGUGCGUCCGCCGCACUGGGGAUUCGCGGGUUUUCCCAAGCAUGUAUUCAUCAAUACAGGGAAUGCGGAGCUAAAUUAUGAGCAGCACAUUACUCUGGCACACCGCAUGGCGGAAGGGACGCUAGCUGGUGUACCCAAGUACUCUGGCGACUGUGCAUAUUCUGCUGACGAGGCACACAUGUGGGCUUGGCGAGAGCAAUUCCCGCGCACGGAGAAAUGGGUCUCUGAGCAUGACUCGGCUAUGAAUGACCCACCGCCUCACGUGGAGCCGUUUGAAGAGCGCUACGUGGUGCUUGACGAGGUUCGUGAUGGCGUCCACGUUUACCCUAUGUUUACGUGGUUUGAGCCUGAGCGCAGUCAAACACUUGAUCGAAUUGCCGCAUGGAUUGAACGUGAGCCUGAACUGCGGAUUUUGUCGCCGUAA